AUGCUUUCAACACUCAUGAAAUUGGUUUCCAGAAAUAAGGGAAAGGAUGAGGAGUCUGUCGAGGAUGGUGACGCUGGCAGCGUUGAGGACACUGUGGGAGCGAGUGUACACCAGGAGCCAGAGACGGAGAAGUGGUACAGCUCCCGGGAGUUCCUUCUGUCCAGCAUCGCUAUGUCCGUGGGUCUUGGAAAUGUUUGGAGGUUCCCGUUCGUGGCCCUGGAGAACGGCGGAGGAGCCUUCCUCAUCCUGUACAUUCUCGUGAUUAUCUUUAUCGGGAGGCCUCUCUAUUACAUGGAACUGUGUAUGGGUCAGUUCUCUUCUUCCGGCUCCAUCAAGGUGUGGGACCUCUCACCGGCAUUCAGAGGUUUGGGAUACAGUCAGGCAUUGGCUACCUGGGCUGUAGUAACCUACUACGUCUCCUUGAUGGCCCUCACCAUCUACUACUUCUUUGCCUCCUUCUCCAGCGUCUUGCCGUGGUCGCUGUGUGGAAGCUGGUCAUCAGAGACAUGUGUGGACUUGAAUACCAACGCACAUGAUCUUGCGGCGACACUAGGCAUCAGCGUCACCAACUUGACCUCCGCUGCUGAGGAAUAUUUCUCGAAGGAGGUCCUGAAAAUAGAUCCCAUGGGAGUUGAGAACGGACUGGAUGCUCCCGAGUGGCAUCUCACACUGUGUUUACUCUUCUCCUGGAUGGUCCUCUUCGCGGUGUUGAUCAAUGGUAUACACUGCUCCAGCAAAACAGCCUACUUCACUGCCAUCUUUCCCUACGCUGUGCUUCUCAUCAUGCUCGUCCGCGGUGUCAUGCUGCAAGGCUCUUUAAACGGUGUCAUCUUCUUCGUUACACCUAGAUGGGAAAAACUUGUGGAUCCCUCGGUGUGGUACGCUGCUAUAGACCAGUCAUUCUUCAGCCUCUCCGUUGGUUUCGGCACCAUCGUCAUGUUCUCCUCGUAUAACAAAUUCCGCCACGAUCUGUACCGCGACGCCAGUGUCAUUUGCCUCACUGAUACUCUUACUUCACUCCUGGCUGGCUUCAUCACCUUCGCCAUCUUAGGGCACCUGGCUGAGGAACUGGGCGUCGAGGUGAAAGACGUCGUCAAGGGUGGCGGUACGUCGCUAGCCUUCGUUAGUUUCCCUGACGUAUUGUCCACGUUCCCCUACGUCCCACAGCUAUUUUCCAUGUUAUUCUUCCUGAUGUUGUUUAUUCUGGGUUUGAGUACCGCCUCUGCGCUCACCAGCACCAUCACCAGUGUAACAUGUCAUGUUUUCCCUUGCUUCAAGAAAUCGAUUGUGACGCUUAUAGUGUGCAUUUUAGGCUUCCUCCUAGGUCUGAUUUACGUCACCCCUCAGGGCCACUAUCUCCUAGAGCUCAUCAAUUACUAUGGUGGGGGCUUCAUCGUCUUCGUCUUGGUGGUGUUCGAGAUAGUGGCUGUGCACUGGGUGUACGGCGUCAACAACUUCUGCCGCGACAUUGAGUUCAUGCUGGGCAGGAAGACUGACUUGUUCUGCAAGACCUCCUGGGUCUUCCUCAUCCCCGUGCUGCUCUCCAUCACAUUCAUGCACACCUUGAUCACUGCCAAGCCUCUGGCAGUCGGCUCCUACGUCUUUUCGUCUACCAUGAUAGACUUUGGCAUCUGCUUGGCUGCCCUUCCGUUCACCAUGGUGCCAAUCCUGUUCUUGGUAGAGGUGGCGCGUCGACUAGUCGGAGAUGCCUCACUCUGGGAAGCCCUGGUCAAGAGCUUGAAGGCCAGUGAUGAGUGGUGCCCCAAGGAUCCCGUCCUUCGCCAGGAAUACAGGAACUUCAUCUCCGGCACUCAAUCGCCGUGA